GGUAAGUGUCUGACAAUAAAACAGGAAACUUUGAGAUUUCGUGCGUUAAAGUUCUACUUUCGCUCUUGCCGGAGACUUUGAGCGGUUGUAUCCGCAGAUCACAGCCGUUGUCGGGCAGUGGAAGAUGUCGGCUAGUGGCUUCUUUACUGGCAUCAUGUCAAGCGGCGGCCUUAUUCAGCACAUCCGCAGACCCCCUCAGCUCCCAGCACCUGCACUAGGAUGUUCAAAGUUUUUUCUUUGCAUCAUGCCCAUUGCUCAGAUCGCAAUCGGGUCGGUGUAUCUGCAGGAGUGUCCGCGGCAGCACUACAUCCCCAUCUAUCUGAUAGUGGUGGGAGUUUUUGGCCUGGUGCUGGCGGUGCUCUCCUGCCUUCCCUGCGCUCAGGAGCCCGAAGAUGGCACCUCCAACCCGCUCAGUCGAGUCUGCGCGACCUGGAACUCAUUGACAUCUUUCUUCCUUUUCUGCUGGUUCAUCGCUGGUAAUGUGUGGGUCUACUCCAUUUACCAGCCCAACUAUAACAAGUCCACAACGGAUGUGGAACCUUACUGCAACAGGACCCUCUACUUGUUUGCCUUCUGGAACAUCACUUUGGUGUACAUCCUCUUGGGUCUGUUCGUGGUAAUCGGCUGCUGUGUUCUCGUCUGCAUGUUCCUGUGUGGCCGAGCCGACCCAGACGACAACAUCUAGACACUUCCUCAAACAAAACGAGGAGAUGGGAUGCAUCUUGUGACGCUGCAGGCGCAUCACGUUUGCUGCUGAAGCUGUUGUUUUGUUUUGUUUUUUCUUUUUUUUUGUUGCACGUGUUCCCAGGCUCGAUGCAAGCGUCUGCUGAAUGAGUUGCACUUUUCUACUGUACUUUAAGCAAUCUGAUAUACACUGUAAACGGCACAUAGCCUGGAGCAUAUGGGAAGUGCAUUAGCGUGAACUUUCUUUAUUAAAUACAUCAUUUGCAA